GUACUGCUAGGGAUAACUGGGUGAUGUAGUCUCACCGCACUUCGGGCUGGUCCAUCAAGCCGCAGGAUGUCGGAGGUGCGGCUGCCACCGCUGCGCACCCUAGACGACUUUGUCUUGGGGUCUGCGCGUCUGGCGGCUCCUGAUCCAGGGGAUCCACAGCGAUGGUGUCACCGCGUCAUCAACAAUCUCCUCUACUACCAAACCAAUUACCUUCUCUGCUUCUGUAUCAGCCUCGCUCUGGCCGGGUACGUUCGUCCACUGCACACCCUCCUGAGUGCACUAGUAGUGGUGGUGGUCCUCGGGAUCCUGGUGUGGGCUGCUGAAACGCGUGCAGCUGUGCGCCGCUGCCGUCGCAGCCACCCUGCUGCCUGCCUGGCCGCGGUGCUUGCCUUUAGCCUCCUCAUUCUCUGGGCCGUGGGCGGCGCUUUCACCUUCCUGCUCUGCAUCACCAUGCCGGUGCUUUUGAUCCUGCUGCACGCUUCCCUGCGCCUGAGAAACCUUAAAAACAAGAUUGAGAACAAGAUCGAGAGCAUUGGUCUAAAGAGGACGCCAAUGGGACUGCUUCUCGAGGCACUGGGACAAGAACAGGAAGCUGGAUCCUAGGAACCUGGCAUCUACAUCCUGGAUCUGGAGGACCCCACCCCGACCCCAUACCUAAGACCAAGCCUUUUCCCAGCCAUUAAAAUAGGAGCCUAGAGCCCUCUGUGCAAGAAACCACCUG